AUGCUGUUUUGUCCGGAUUUCCGCAGGUACGUUGCCGUGGUUCAUCCUCAGAUCAACCGGAUAUGGUGCAGGAUGGAGACCACUCUGUCGGCGAUCGCGUUAGGCUACCUGGUGUGCCCGAUUAUCUGCAUACCAAGCUACCUGUCGUUCAACCUGUUCUCUCGAGUGGAGACCUUGGACGCGAACGGCAACCGUCCGGCGUCUGCGCUGCAGUCAGCGUUGAGGCGGGCCAAUAACGGCACCGAUGCCCACACCGGUCAAGGCGCCGGCGGAGGAGGCUUUAGCAUAAGCACCAGUGGAGGUGUUGGUGAAGUAGGUGGAGGUGGUAACGACAGCGGUGGGCCUCUGCGCAACGUCACCCUAUACUACGUCAACGUCAGUGACCUUGCCACGUCCACGUAUCUGGCAGACAUCAAUUUCUGGGUGUACAGCGUCGUCAUCAAGAUCAUACCGUGCGUGGCGCUCACCGUUCUCAGCCUGCGACUGAUAUGCGCGCUGCUGGAGGCCAAACGCCGCCGUGCCAAGCUGACGGGCAGUGGUCGCAAGUCGGCCGACAAGGAGCGGCAAACGGACCGGACCACCCGGAUGUUGUUGGCCGUGCUCUUGUUGUUCCUGAUCACCGAGUUCCCGCAGGGCAUAUUAGGCCUGCUCACGCUGCUGCUCGGCAAGCGGUUCUUCCAGGACUGCUACCAGAACAUGGGCGAGGUUAUGGACAUGCUGGCGCUGGUCAACUCGGCCAUCAAUUUUAUACUGUACUGCGUGAUGAGCCGGCAGUUCCGCAACACGUUCAGCCUGCUCUUCCUGCCGUCCUGGAUCUCCAAGGCCGAGUCACAGGCUCUGUCACACGGUAACCCAACCACCACGCAAGUCACGCAAGUCUAA